CAUGUUUCACACCGCAGCUCCAUAACACAUAACACAGCUCUCAGCUGCGGGUCACUGAGUUCAGACACCUAAUGUCACUGAUGCCACUGAACAGAGGAGCCCGCUGCGCCCCAGUUUAACGCCUCUAGUCAAGCUGUCGCCUCCAUUCGCUUCUUAUUAAACUGACGUCAUGGUGAAGUGGACAGAGAAGGAGCGCAGCACCAUCAGUGCUGUCUGGGAAAAAAUAAAUAUCGAUGAGACUGGACCUCAUAUUAUGGCAAGAGUUUUAAUCGUCUACCCCUGGACAGAACGCUACUUUGGCUCGUUUGGCGACAUCUUCACCGUCGCGGCGGUUCUGAACAACCCCAAAGUGGCCGCUCAUGGGAAGGUGGUGCUGACGGCGCUGGACAGAGCGGUGAGGAACAUGGACGACAUCAAAGGCGUCUACGCGUCUCUGAGCCGGUUGCACUACGAAAAGCUCCACGUGGAUCCAGAUAGUUUCAGACUCCUGGCCGACUGCAUCACUAUUUCAUUUGCCUGCAAACUCCGGAGCUCGCUGGACCCGCAGACGCAAGCUACGUGGCAGAAGUUCCUCUCCGCUGUGGUGGAUGCUAUGAGCAGUCAGUACUACUGAGGAGACGUGCAGAUAAAGAACGGAGAAACAUCACCAUUAUCAUCAUCAUCAUCAUCAUCAUCAUCAUCAUCAUCAUCAUCAUCAUCAUCAUGUUUCACUUGAGUUUCUCUUCGUUCACAGGGGAUGUUGUAUAUCUUAGUAAUAACAAUAAAUCUGAAACGUCAUCACGGACUUAUAUAUUAUAUAAUUACAGUAUUAUACUUUUCCUAAGAGAUAACAGCAAGUUUGCUCAUGUUCAAUUUGCUAACGUGAGCUGUGAUUCCACAACUAACAAUGCUGAAUGGAAAUGGAGAGCUCAUAAACUUAUAGCUGAGUUCAAAUGAGGUUAAUUGUUUUGGAAAAUUGAUAAAACGCAAUAAGAGGAGUCUGUCUCACAGAACAUAACCAGGCACCCACGACCACUAAAUGCUGAAUACUUGGCUGAGGCCGCCAUCUAGCGGCAACUAACGCGCAUGACAAGACCUGGGACAGCUUCUGAACUGAGCAGUGACGUGUGAUACUGUCUGCAGUGAUAGUUAUACUGAAUUAAAUUUCGAUGUGUUUUUGCAAUUUGUCAAGUAUGAUGUUAUGGAAACAAAAUAAAAAUAAUACAGAACCACAA